UAUCGGAUCUGGAAACGGGGCCACGAUUUAUUAUAUUGGACCUGAACAGGAACCAUAUAUAUUUCUAUAAUCUAUUCGUCCGCGAGUGUCGUUGCGCACUCCUAUGCUGAAACUAAAACUAGCCGACCAUCCUCUCCUAUCUUUACGGGGCCCACUUCGAGCCGCUCAGUCUCUCAGCUUUGUAGCCAUUCUGUUCGAUGAAAUGCCCCAGAGACAUGUAGUAAAUUCUUCCAAAAGAUCGCUACCAAGAUUUGCGGGCUAUCCUUCCGAGGCCAGACCUAUCGAUACCAGUCCUGGAAGUCAUGGUGCAGUUUUUCGAGACCAGCUGAUGAAAAAGAUAGGUAUUUCAUUCUUCUCUGACUGCAAGCUUUUAGAAACGACCGAGCUUAAUAGCAGAACUUUCGUACAUCUUCUUGGCACUUGCAUCAGAUUUAAUGAUGUCCUGAUUGGAAGACAAUUGCAUUGUCUGAUUACAAAGUUUGGAUUCUGUUCAGAUGCUUUCGUUGGUAGCGCUCUCAUUGAUAUGUACUCAAAAUGUGGAUUUGUUAGAGAAGCUCGUUUGGUGUUUGACGAUAUUCGUAUAAGAGAUUUGGUCCUGUGGAAUGUGAUGGUGUCUUGCUAUGAUUUGAAUGGCCGUGGUAAAGAAGCUUUCGAAAUCUGGGAUUUGAUGCGGUCUGAAGGGUCUGUUGGUGAUGAAUUUACUUUCAGUAGUUUGCUCAGUUCUUGUAGAUCUUUGAAUAGUUUUUACUUAGGGAGACAAGUUCAUGGUCUUGUUAUAAGGUUAGCUCUUGAUGUUGAUAUAGUUGUCGGUACUGCACUCGUUGAUAUGUAUGCGAAAUGUGGUGACGUUAAGGACGCUCGACGGGCUUUUAGAGUCAUGGAGAAUCGGAAUAUUGUCUCCUGGAACACCAUGAUUGUGGGUUAUGGGCAAUGUGGUGAGGGAAAAGAAGCUGUGAAGCUUCUUGUCCAAAUGCUUCAAGGAGGCUUGAAACCUGACGAGCUAACACUUGCCAGUGUUCUUAGCUCUUGCGCUGAUAUGUCAGCAAUCAAUGAGGCUAUCCAGAUACAUGAUUACGUGAUGAAAGAUGGGUUUGAAGCUUUUGUGUCAAUUGGAAAUGCUCUUAUAAUGGCAUAUGCAAAGAGUGGUUGUAUCCAUAAUGCAUUUCAAUCUUUUUGUUCAAUCUCUAAGCCUGAUUUGGUUACAUGGUCUUCAAUGAUAUAUUCGUAUGCCUUUCAUGGCCUUGCUAGGGAGUCUAUAGAUAUAUUUGGAAAGAUGUUGCACGAAGGCAUAAGACCAGAUGGGAUUGCCUUUCUAGGGGUUCUGUCUGCUUGUAGCCAUGCUGGACUUGUAGAAGAAGGGCUACACUAUUUUGAUUCCAUGAGAAAGGACUAUCAAAUUCAGCCAAGCUCAGAGCAUUAUACUUGUUUGUUGGAUCUACUUGGGAGAGCUGGUCACAUAAACGAGGCUUAUGAUGUUUUGCUUAAUAUCCCCUUAGAACCUGAUGCAAAUAUUCUUGGAGCUUUCAUUGGUGCAUGCAAGGUCCAUGGAAACGUUGAAUUGGCAAAAUGGGCUGGGGAUAUGCUUUUCAACAUUGAGCCAGAGGAAUCUGUUAAUUAUAUGCUUAUGUCUAAUGUCUAUGCUGCUGUAGGAUGUUGGGAGGAGGUAGCAAGGAUGAGAAGGAUGAUGAGGAAUUGCUGUGGUAACAAGGUGCCAGGUUAUAGUUGGACUGAGUUUGGUGGUACAGUCCAUAGAUUUGUCUCUAAUGAUAAGUCGCAUCUGCAAGCUCUAGAGAUUUAUAUCAUGUUGGAAGGACUCAUUAAGUUUAUUAAGGAGGAAGGAAAUAUGCCGUAUGAUAGAAAUAUGGAUGUCGGACUAAGAGAUUAAGUAUUGCUGCAUUUUCAUAAAAAUUGUCUUGGUCGGUAUUGUUAUAAUGAGCACGACAUUUGAUGCCUUACUGGAUAUUUCUGGUUGCAUCCCUUGGUGCUUCUGAAUUUUCAAGGAGUCUCAUUAAGUCAUAUCCAUUGAGACUUUCAGUAUUGCCAUCUAUUUGAGAUUGGUUCGGUGCUCCUCUCUGAGGUACUUGGGGAAAGACCUUCAAGGAUUUGAGUGCAAAACCUCCUCCACCUGGAGGACAGCUGCGAUAGCUGGACUAUAGCACAAGUUGCUGGCUUUUACAUAUUGGGAUAUUAAGUCUUUCUCUGUUAUGUUUCACAAGUUUUCCAUCCACAAGCAUUCCGCAUUGGUCAAAGAAUGUUAUACUCCAUGGCUUCUGCACAGAUUUUCUUGCAAUUGUUCAAAGCCUUGAACAUAAAAGCUCUUGGUCUGGAUAGAUCUCCAGAAAUCAGACAUAGGUACUGAUACUAUCUGUUGGAUCUCUUCUUUAUUCAACAUUCUCUGGGAGUGUAGUAUCUGUGAUUUAGAAUACAAUCUUUCUCAGUCUCGGUGCCAAAAACUUCAAAAUGUGCACAAGAUCGUGAAACCCCAACUACCAUAAUAUCAGCCAAGAUAGGUUAUGAGAGAGAAGAAUCUUGCAUCCGGAGGUGAGAAGACACCUACAAGAAUCUAGCGUCCUGAAGUGGGAAGACGCCUAUGUACCUUGGCGAAUCACUCUCCGCACCAACCAUUGUAGAUGAGACAAGUAGACUUCAAUAAUAGAAGUGCUUGCAACAGCACAACCGUCCCAAUAAUGGUUGCCUCGGGCAAAAUAGUUGAUUGUUAAUUUGUCUAGAGUACAAAUUUUCACUAAAGAACUUGUCUUAUCUGAAGAAUGCUUCGUUUGGAGGGUUGCCAAUCAAUUUAGAAAUCUUUUGUUUUAAGUAUGACAUAAGUCAUUGUUUUCGUACAACAAGAAUAUACGAAACAGACAUAGCCCUCC